AUGGCGGUCAUUAACCAGAAAACCACGCCGCCGGUGCCUCCCGCCCACCAUGCACCGGUUCAACAGCCAGUGAAUCCUGCUCUCUAUCCAGCUGUUUACCAAGGGCUCCCAGCGGGACUCUACCACCCGUCGGCUUAUCCGGGGGCCUAUCCAUUCGCUCACUCGGCACCGCGCCAAGCUUCCUAUCCAACGCCUCACCCAGGAUCUCACUCAGCAGCCCACCAGGCGUCUCAUCCAGCGCCUCAUCCGGCAGGCCAUCCAGGUGUUCACCCUGCAGGUCAUCCCGGAGGUCAUCCUGGAGUCCACCAUGGAGGCCACCAUGGAGGCCACCAAGUGGGACAUCAUGGAGGCCAACAAGAAGGAUACUCAGGGGCCUCUCGCACGACCCAUACUGCCACCCCGCGCUCCAUAGAUCCCGCCAAGGUCGCCGAAGCAAUGGCCCGCCUGAAUGUCAAUACGGAGAGAGCAGCCUCAGGAAAUCGGCAGAAAGCGCCGGACUCUACCUCGGCAAAGGAGUCCACCGCGGCAAAAGUGACAGAUUCACGCCCCUACUUUUAUAUUGGGUAUACCUUCUUCAAGAAAGAUGCAACCCCUGGCCACAAGCCCACCUGGAGCCAGGUGGAAAAGAGCCAAAUGCACCUGACGCAAGCGGAGUUGAUCGGCAUGGUCCAGAAACGGGCAAAGAAGCUCCCCGGCGUCCAACAGUACCAGUCACUUUCAAAGGCAAAGCGCACCCAUGUGGACCAACUCAUCAACGAGCUCAAGAAGGAGGACUCGCACCUAGAAUGGACUUGUGCAUAUGUCAAGGAAGAAGAACGACAGAUGAAAGGAAAGAACAAUAAGCGCGGAGACUAUGAGACUGUUUCCAUGGACGUUGUGAUCAUGGGGAAGCCUAUUACCUCUUCGCGUCCCAAGGUGGCGCAAGUGGAGUUCGACUUACCUAGCAAGUCUAAGGAGAGGGUUGAACCCAAUGCCGAAAAUCCCGUGGCCGUUGAUGAACCUCGGCCAUUGGACCCAGAGAUUAGAAAUGCCCCUCAGUGGACAAGACCUAAUAUGGGUCAUGCACAACAACCCCCCAUGGUGCAGGUGCACAAUAUUCCACGGCAGCUUAACCCUGAGUUCACUCAGCAAGCUCCACCACCACCGCCUCCCCCUCCUCAGCCUCAGGCACAGCAGGCGGGAGGAAGACCAUUGGUUAACCAUGGGCAUCUGCCACAAGGAGUUCCAGCCCAUUUCUCCUUGGGGGUACACCCACAGGCAGCUAUGCCCCACGUCGCGCGGGCCGCUCCAGAGAAGGGUCCCGCAAUUGACGUCCUAAAGGAACAAGCCAGAGGCGUGGCGAGCGCUGGUGCACAACCACACAUGCCCCAGGUCGCGAGAGUUGUCCCAGAGAAAGGCCCCACUGUUGAGGUCUUGAAGGAGCAUGUUAGAGGGGUCCCUGUGGGCGCUGGUACGCACCCACAGGUAGCCAUGCCCCACACCACGAGGACUGCUCCGGAGAAUGGCCCAGCUAUUGAGGUGCUAAAGGAGCAUGUCAGAGGCGUUCCGAACGCUGGUGCACAACACGCAGGAAUCAAUAACGUGUACAGCCCAGCCGGGGUGCCGGUAACCAAUAACCACCCACGGAGAGAGCAUUCCCAUCCCUAUGAAUCUCGUUCUUUUGAGAACGUCACCCAAGGAGGUAGUGUCAAACCACCCAACUUGGCGGAACCAGAGAUAGAACUGGCUCCCGACUCCAGCAGUAUUGGGGAUGACGAUUCGGAGAUUUUCGACUUUGAAGAUGUUAGCUCAGUUACAGAUGACUCUGAACAUGAGGGAGAGACACGCAAAGAAGCGCAGCCCUGGCGUGGAAGUCUCUUUCGCCGACAUUCCUCUACUUCAAGGCGCCCUGGACCAUCUCGAUACCGCUCCCACUACCGGAAACAACCCUCGGGUUCGUCUGACAACAGGCACGGUCGUACCAAGUACCCCAGUGAUUAUGUUGAUGUGAUCCCCGCCGACAGUAGGGAUUCCGACAAGCAACUAUGGAGGGUCCAUAGCCGAGAGGUUGCUCGGCAGACCCGAGAUCGCCCGAAGAUUAUCCACGCCCCUGUUAGUUCCGAGGAUUUGGAUGCACCCGAGUUCGACGAGAGAUAUCGUGGGCUACGAGCUCGCAACGAUAUUCGCACCCGAAUUCUCGAUGAUCGGGAAGCAAGACUUGAGCGCCGAGAGAAGCAGCUGGACCAUCGGACGAGAAUGCUGGAUGUGUUAGAUGAAAGAUUGGACGAUGCCUUACGCCGACGCAUGUCCCUGAGAGACGCUGGUCCGUAUUACUCUCGACAGUAUUAUGAAAAUUAUUGA